GGCCUGGGCCGCGUUAUUCAGGAUCUUAUCUAAUUCGGUAGUGGGUCUGUGCAGAGGUGAGCCUCAGGGGACCCCUCAGGCGGUUCCCGCCCAGUGACUGCCCCGAGGCUGCGUGGGAGCGGGUCGGGACUGGAAGAGCCUCAGCCUGAGGGUUACCUCCUUCCUGGACACCCAGCUCCUCAGGGCUCAGGAAGGCGUCCUCCUCACCACCAUCUUGUCUAGUGAGCCUCCCGAAAACUGAUGAAGUCGGGCAGUGCGCAGCCCGCAGGUGAAAGGGAUAAGUACCAGGACCAGAGAAAGAGGGUUUAGAAGAAAGGCCUGGUGUCAGUUGUUGGGGGUGGGUGUGCACAGAAGAAAGUGUUGACGUCUCUUUUCUUUUUUCCGUAGCUGUAGCAGGUCAAACGAUGCCCAGCAUCCCAACCAUGUGAGCGCUUUUGUUUUGUAUCUGAAAAAGGAAGGGGAGUGGGACCGAGGGAUGAAGAGCAAGCUCCACGUGUGAAGGCGGCGCCUCACAAUUGAUGAUUUUGAAAUCGGGCGUCCUCUCGGCAAGGGAAAAUUUGGGAAUGUGUACCUGGCUCGGCUCAAGGAAAGCCAUUUCAUUGUGGCCCUGAAAGUCCUCUUCAAGUCCCAGAUAGAGAAGGAAGGACUGGAACACCAGCUGCGCAGAGAAAUUGAAAUCCAGGCACAUCUACAACACCCCAAUAUCCUACGCCUGUACAACUACUUCCAUGAUGCACGCCGGAUGUACCUAAUUCUAGAAUAUGCUCCAAGGGGUGAGCUCUACAAGGAGCUGCAAAAGAGCCACACAUUAGAUGAACAGCGUACAGCCACGGUAAUGGAGGAGUUGGCAGAUGCUCUGACCUACUGCCAUGAAAAGAAGGUGAUUCAUAGGGAUAUUAAGCCGGAGAACCUGCUGCUGGGGUUCAGGGGUGAGGUGAAGAUUGCAGACUUUGGCUGGUCUGUGCACACCCCCUCUCUAAGGAGAAGGACAAUGUGUGGGACACUGGACUACUUGCCCCCAGAGAUGAUUGAGGGGAGAACAUACAAUGAGAAGGUGGAUCUGUGGUGCAUUGGAGUGCUCUGCUACGAGCUGCUGGUGGGAAAUCCGCCCUUUGAGAGCCCCUCCCAUAAUGAGACCUACAGACGCAUCCUCCAGGUAGAUGUAAGGUUUCCCCCAUCAAUGCCUUUGGGGGCUCAGGACUUGAUCUCCAAGCUUCUCAGAUACCAGCCCUCGGAGCGGUUGCCCUUGGUCCAGAUCUUGGAGCACCCAUGGGUCCGGGCCCACUCUCGGAGGGUGCUUCCCCCAUCUGCUCAAAUGGUUUCCUGAGCCCUGUAUACCCCUAAUCCUUUGUGAUUGCUCAUGGAGCCCCCUUGGCUCUGGUAUCUACUCUGUCUUUUGUUUCUUCUCUUUUAAGAUGCAUCUUGCUAAUUAAUAAAAGCUGAAUCAUUUUGUACCAGG